AUGGAUGUACAAGUAAACCAAGUUGAUGAGAAAGUUCAUCCAGGGAAAGAUGAUGACUACUUGUACUUGAAGGUUCUGUAUCAUGUCCUUCCACUGGAUUAUGUUACAAUAUCUAAACUUCAAAGUAAGCUGGAAGGAGAGGAAAAUCAGGAAACUGUGCGUAAACUGCUUGAUAAGAUGGCUUGUGAUGGAUAUGUGGAAGCCAAGAGCAAACCAAGAUUAGGUAAACGUGUCAUUCGAUCUGAAUUGACUGACAAGAAGCUACUUGAGGUCGAGAAUGUUUUGGAGAUCAAGUUAUCGGCAAUGGAGAUAAGUGAACCUCAAAACAUAUCAACCUGCGAUGGUCUCCACUCUGUUGGUUCUGAUCUUACUAGAACUCGAGAAAGAUCAGUUGAUGCUCAGCAGAAUGGAUCGACUAGAAUUCAGGAGCAACUUGGAAACAACACACCCAUUCGCAGAAAUCGUCAAGAGAGAGUGGUAUACCAGGGAGCGAUAAGCGAAAUGGUGUGGAUGGGAGAGGAUUCAGUCACUGUCGUGAGGGUGAUAAUACCUUUUGUAGUCGUCCCAGUCAGGAAAAGCGCUCCAGGAAAACUAGCAUGCUUAGUAAGUGAAGAUGUGAAUCUGUUUGAAACCCCAGUGUUGGUUUCAGCUAGCACCCAUUUGCAGCUGAACUUGUUAUAG